AUGCUUCAUAAAAAUUUUGAUCAUGUGGUGGAGAGGCUUUUACUCUUCUUGACAGGAAAAUCCUUUCCAAAGGAUCAGCAAAUUUCAAUUGCAACUUAGUUUUAUACUGAGACUAUAGAAGUAAAGCAGCUUAAGGUGCUCAAAAAUACUGGAAGAGUUAAGCCAAGCUCAAUUGCUGAUAGAUUGGCAGAAAUUACAGAGGAUGCAAAGAUUGGUGAUAAAUUCGGAGAUAGUUGGGACACACAUUGGUUCCUAAUUGAUAUUGAAGUACCUGAAAGUUGGGUCAAUGAAGAAUAAGAAGUGCAUCUUGUAUGGAAUGGAGCCUGUGAAGGAGCUCUCUACAAUAUUGAUGGAACAAAACUUAUUCAAGCAUUUACUGAGAAUGUGAGAGAGAAAUAUGUUAUCAAAAGAUAAGGAGUGAAGAAUGAUUUAACAGAUCUUAAUGUGAAUAAAACUGGUUCUCAAAAUAAAGUGCAAUAUUUACUUGAGAUGGCAUGUAAUGAGAUGUUCGGAAAUUUCAUUGAUGGAUUUGGAUCAAUCCAAGAUCUGAAAAAAUAAUAUCCACUGAGGAAAUGUGAAGUGGGGCUUUUCAACAGAGAUGCUUGGGAUUUGUAUUAUAACUUUGAAUUGCUAAGAGAUGCAGCUAUGGAAUUCGAAAAGACACAAUCAAACAGGGCUUAUGAGUGCAUGAUGUUUGCCAAUUAGAUCAUGAAUGAGUGCUAUCCUCCAUUUAAGGACAAAGAUAUGAUAAGAAAUGCUCUCAAAAAGACAAAUGAUUUCAUUGCCUCGAGGAAGAAUAACGAUAGCUAGCACGUGGUGUAUGCAGUUGGGCACUGCCACAUAGAUACAGCCUGGCUAUGGCCUUAUGCAGAAACAAAGAGGAAAAUCGCUCGCAGUUGGAGCACUUAAAUGGAACUCAUGAGAUAAUACAAAGGCUUUAACUUCUGUGCCUCUCAAGCCUCUCAGUACUGGUGGUUGAAGCAAAACUACCCUGAAGUAUUUGAGAGAGUGAAGGAAGCCGUUAAGGAAGGGAGAUUUGAGCCAGUCGGAGGAACUUGGGUUGAACUAGAUGGCAACGUUCCAUCUGCAGAGUCCAUGGUUAGAUAGUUCCUAUAUGGCCAAAGAUUCUUAAAAGAGGAAUUCGGUAAGGAAGCCAAUGUGUUCUUCAUGCCAGAUACAUUUGGAUAUAGUCCUCAGCUCCCUCAAAUCAUGAAGUCAGCAGGCAUUGAAUACUUCUUGACAUAAAAACUAUCUUGGAGUGUAUUCAACAAGUUCCCUCACUCCACCUUUUACUGGAGAGGCAUUGAUGGUACUGAAGUAUUGACACAUUUCCCACCUGCUGAUACUUAUAACUCAAAUGGAUCUAUAAAGGAAGUAUUGAUGAGUCAAACUAACUUUAAAGAAAAGGGAAGAUCAAACUCCUCACUACUAUUAUUUGGUGACGGAGAUGGUGGCGGUGGUCCUCAGAUUGAGCACAUUGAGAGACUAGAGAGACUUUAAGACUUUGAGGGUUGUCCAAAGGUAAAGUUUAGCACUGUAAGAAACUUCUUUGAAUAAUUAGAAUCAGACUCAAAGAAUUUGAUGAAGUGGGAAGGCGAGUUAUACCUUGAACUUCACAAUGGUACCUAUACUUCUAUGUCUGAUAACAAGAGAUACAACAGAGAAAUGGAAGUAAUACUGAGAGACCUUGAGAUUAUAUCGACAUAUGCAGCAUUUUUAAAUGAAGAUUUCAAGUACGAUGUUGAAGCAAUUAGGGAAAUGUGGCACGUAUUUUUGAUAGAUCAGUUCCAUGAUGUCCUGCCAGGAACUAGUAUUGGUAUGGUCUAUGAUGAUACAAAGUUAAAUUUCUAAAAUCUAAAGGCUAAAUCCUUGGAACUCAAGAGUAAAGCAUUUGAGGCUAUUGCCCAAGGACUGCUAGGCUCAAACAAAGUUUUAGAGGUUAAAGAAUAUAGACCAUAUUAUGAUGACAAUCUUGGUAUUCAAAAUGAUAACUAAGUUGCUCUAGUAAUAAAUUCCUUGCCUUUUGAUAGAUUCCAUAGUAUCUCCAAUAAAUCAGCUGAUGCUGAAUAGCAAGGUCAUAUAAUGAUUCAAGGCAUGGGAAUGCAGCUAGUUGAUUUAAAUUUACUUUCAAAGGCCAGAUCAACUAGCACCUUAACAAUGGAAUAAAAAGGUGAUUAGUAUGAGAUCAACAGCAGAUUCUACAAGAUCUUAAUCAGGAAUGAUGGAAGAAUUACCAGUUGGUAAGAUAAGAGAACAAAGAAUUAUCAUAGAGAGCUAUGCAGAUAAGGUGAUACUUUGAACAAUCUAGUGCUGCAUCAAGAUGUGCCGUUCUUCUGGGAUGCUUGGGAUGUUAUGCAUCAUACUUUUGAAACUUGCCUAAACCUCCUUGCAAAUAAGUGUGAGGUUGAGUUACAAUCAGAAAGUGCAGUCAAGCUUAACUUUACUUAUGAAAUAGUCUAUGAUGGAAAGGUAACUUCAACAAUCAAGCAAACAGUUGCAUUCUUCAAUGACACAGCUAGAGUAGAUUUUAUCACCAGAGUCUAAUGGAGAGAAGCUAAGAAAUUACUCAAGGCAUAUUUCCCAGUUGAUAUUAGAUCAGACUAUGCGACUUUUGACAUCUAAAACGGAACAAUUAGAAGAUAGACUCAUGGCAACACAUCUUGGGAUUAAGCCAAAUAUGAGGUCUUUGGGCACAAAUUCUGUGACAUCUCUGAAGCUAAGUUCGGUCUAGCCAUUCUUAAUAAUUGCAAAUAUGGGUAUUCAGUUAGAGAUAAUAAUAUUGGACUUUCACUUUUAAAAGCUCCAAAGUUCCCUAAUCAUUUAGCUGAUAUGUGUGAAGGUGAAAAUGAUUACAAGGAAUUUAUUUAUUCUGCUCUUCCUCAUGAUAGAUUACUAGAAGAUUCUAAUGUAUUUUCAGAAGCUUAAGCUUUAAACACUCCUCUUAAAGUGGCAAUACUUGAGAAAUCUCAAGAUUAAGACGAGCAUCUAGACUUCUAAUCUUAAAUAAGUAACUUGAAAUUCAUUGAAAUUGAUCAACAAAAUGUUCUCAUUAAUGCUUUCAAAAAAGCUGAAGAUCAAGAAUUCUAUGUAUUAAGAUUAGGAGAAGAUAGAGGGGAAUAAGUGGCAGCUAAUGUUAAAUUUGGACAGAUCUUAGGGAUUAAAAAGGUCGUACAGAUAGAUUCGCUGGAGAAACUAGAGAGUCUCAGUUUAGAAUAAUCAAAAUUUCCAUAUGAAUUCAACCAAGAGACAGGAGAGCUUAAGGUCACUUUAAGAGCUUAUAAAAUUGCUAGUUUCGCUGUCUAUGAUAAGAUUUGA